AUGUCCCUCAUUGGCGGCCGGUGUUGUAAUGGCGCUCUGUGCAUACUCAUCCUGAUCUGCUACGGUGCCUCGGUAACCCUCGGCUACGUCUCCCUGGCCAUCUUCGAGCUGAUCUACACCGUCGUCAUAUUUAUCAUCUUUGCAUUUGAAUUUCAUCUCCAGAUCACUUUUAUCCAUUGGGGAUGGACGGAUUUCCUCAGGGCUCUCAUUGGGGCCGUGGCCUUCCUCAUCACCUCCCUUAUUGUCAUCAUAGGACACCAAGAUGGAGCCGGCGUCGCCGCAGGGGUGUUUGGGUUGCUGGCCGGAAUCGUCAUGGGCUACGACGCCUACACUAUCAUCCCGCAGCUCAGGAAGCCGCACGCAGCCGUCUCCAACCCUGACACCACAGGAGGGAUCUGAAGCCGUCCGCGCCGACGAAGCUCCACACUGGACUCUUCUCCUCUCACCUCCCGCUGCAUCUUCCUAAGGGAGACUUCCCCCACGUCUUUCAAUUCCGAGCGUCCCCGUCUCCGUCCGGAGGCCUACCGAUCCUUCAAAGGGAGAAUUUGAUCCCCCUCUUCGCCCCCCGCCCACUUUUAUACCUCCUGCCACAGUUUCUCCUUUUCCGACUCUGUCCUCACAGGGGAAAGGAAGGCACCUUACGGGAAAGAAUGGUUGCCUUCCCGUUACAGGGAACAUGGGAGGGAGGAGAGGAGGUUCAGAGAAAAAGCCCAUUCGGUUCCCAGGCAACGGACGGGCCACUUCUCCACACCGGCUGAGGUUCACAAGUCCUUUUCACGAGUGCUUGGCGGCUUCGGCCACCUUUAGAAUGCUGAGAGCCGAAGACGCUUCUGAGAUCUAAAGGAAAGAUUAUUUGGCUGCAAAUACUUUCUGUGAGGCUUAAAACAGUAGGCGGGGCUUCCUGCUUCUGGCAGAUACGGGUGGGGAAAGGGGACCCCCAGAUUCUACCCCCAGUUCUAGGAGAUGAGGCUGAUGGGUGAAGAUGACUGCUGGGUUUAGCCGCAGGCCGCUGGCUAUGAACUGCUUUCCUUUUUUGUUGUGCUUCAGUUUCCCCUAUUUAAAAUAGGGGGCAGGAGACUGGUAUAAAUAAAUCAAAUGGGGGCAGGAGACAGGUAUAAAUAAAUAUGUCUACGCUGGGUGCUUGGUUGUAUUUUAUGUCUAGCUCUGGCUCGUUCUAAAGCAGCGGUCCCCAACUUGGCGCCCGUGCGUGCCAUGGCACCUGCCGACACCUUUCCGGGUGCCCGCCAAGUGUUUUUAGAAAGUGGGCGUGGCCAGGUGGGGCUUUUGCCCACCAAGGCUUCUGAUUGACCACUGGAGAUUUGAUCAGCUGUGCAAAUUUUUACAAUAUUGCUUUGGCAAUAGCUGCCGCCACAAGCACAAGAAUCUUCACUGUGUGAAUGAAGGUAAGCUAUGGCAGCCAUUUUGUGGCUAGCUCUG